CGGAUAGAGAACUGUUAGUUCCAUCUUCAUAUUCAAUAGCACGCUUAUCCGAUUAAAAACGCCUUAGAAAUACGCAAAAUACUAAGAAACUUUGUGCAAGUGGCUGGUAUUACCCCAUCUGACUCUACAUAUGGGACUACUAAGUUGAACAAACUUAGUAGAAAUAUAUAAGUUUAGUUUAUAAGUGUAUAACGAUUGAUAUUGUGGUCUUUAUAUACAAGUGGUCAAUGCAAAAGAAAAGGGUAACUGGUUUGCCCAAGUACUUGGCUGAAGCAAGUCAACUAACGACACUUGACAAGUUCUUGAUCAAGUACUUGCCAAGUGCUUAACUUGUCACGUACUUCCCAAAUACUCAUCGAGUAAUCAAGUACUUGUACCAAAUACAUUCACUAACUACACUAGAAAAUUUACAAUACAAACAAAACAUUUAAUAAAUCUUUUUUGACUAGAACGCACUAUAAUACCAUUAAUUAUAAUAAUAAUUCUCUACUCAUUAUUGCUCUUUAUUAAACAAAAAGUUCUGUGUCUCGUACAUAUCCGUCAUUUCGGAGACAUACAGAUUGUCUGUCGAUCUCGAAUUACUAGAUAGAGUAAUUUUAAACUUUUGGAAAGAGUUAUUUUUAGUUUGUACUACGGACGUAUGUGCUCGAUACCGCUUGUCUCAGUGACAGCUCUAAUAGUUGAAUGUAAAUUGGUCAAAAUUCAGAUAAAAAACCCAACUGAAAUUGUGGAUAAGUUUUUCAAUUAGCUACAAGAAUCAGAACUAGCAAUAUGAUACUUGUCUUUUAGUCAUGUGCAGAGUACACGAUGUUUGCUGAGAUUUGAAUACCGUAAUUGUUUCUUUCUUUUCUAUUCUGUUUCUAGGUUAAAGAGCGUGUGCAGAAGAAAAAUGACCGAACGAUCGAGCUGGAUGAGCUAAAACAAGAAAUAAAUCUUGAUGAGCAUAAAAUUUCACUGACUGAGCUGUACAGAAGAUAUGAUAGCAAUCCUGUACAGGGUUUAACGGAUGAACGUGCCGCUGAAUUACUUCUUCGCGAUGGUCCAAAUGCUUUAACACCACCAAAAACAACACCGGAAAUUGUUCGUUUUGCCAGAAAUAUGUUUGGUGGAUUUGCAAUGCUAUUAUGGAUUGGAUCGAUACUAUGUUUUAUUGCACAUACUCUGGAAGUGAUGACGUUGGAAGAUGCACAUUAUGAUAAUUUAUGGCUCGGUAUUGCAUUAGCAACUGUCAUCUUUAUCACGGGUUGUUUUUCCUAUUAUCAACAAGCAAAAAGUUCAAGAAUAAUGGAAUCAUUCAAACAUUUGAUUCCACAGGCAGAUAUUGUCGAAGUCAAGAUUGGUGAUCGUAUUCCAGGUGAUAUUCGAAUUAUUCGUGCACACGGUUUGAAAGUUGAUAAUUCAUCGUUAACGGGAGAAUCUGAACCACAACCAAGAGGAACAGAAUACACCACAGAUGAUAUUUUAGAUACAAGAAAUUUAGCAUUCUUUAGUACAUUUGCCGUUGAAGGCUCAUGUAUAGGACUUGUGAUUCGUACAGGAGAUCGAACAUUUAUGGGAAGAAUAGCCAAUUUAGCAGCUGCUUUGGAAAAAGGUCAAACUCCCAUAGCUCAAGAAAUCAAUCAUUUUAUUCAUAUAAUAACUACAAUUGCUGUUGUUAUCGGCAUAUUUUUUGCCAUAUGUUCGCUACUACUUGGAUACACAUGGAUUGAAGCAGUGGUCUUUUUGAUCAGUGUUAUUGUGGCUAAAGUGCCGGAAGGGCUUUUGGCUACAGUAACGGUUUGUUUAACGUUAACCGCAAAGCGAAUGGCACGAAAAAAUUGUUUAGUAAAAAACUUGGAAGCUGUUGAAACACUUGGUUCAACAACAACGAUAUGUACAGAUAAAACUGGUACAUUAACACAAAAUCGUAUGACGGUAGCACAUAUGUGGUUUGAUAAUGCAAUUUCGGAUGCUGAUAUUGGCUCACUUGAACGAAAUGCUGCUUAUGAUAAGUCAAAUCCUGGUUGGCUUGCAUUAUCUCGCUGUGCAAUGCUCUGUAGUCGAGCAGAUUUUAAAGAAUAUCCAGAGAAUAUCCAGAAACCUAUUCCACAAAGAGAAUGUAAUGGUGAUGCGUCAGAAACGGCUCUGUUGAAAUGUUGCGAGCAAUCGUUGUCGAUUCAUGAAACAAACGAUAGAGAUGAACGAUAUUUGGUGGUCAUGAAAGGAGCUCCAGAAAAGGUAUUAGACAGAUGUUCAACGAUAUUUAUUGAUGGACUUGAGAUACCAUUAAAUGACUACUGGAAAAAACAAUUGAACAAUGCUUACAAAGAGUUAGGUAGUAUUGGUGAACGUGUAUUAGGCUUUGCUGAUUUGCGUUUAUCUUAUCAUGAUUACCCACGUGGUUUUCCUUUCGAUUGUGAUUCGAUUAAUUUUCAUGUUAAUGCCAAAUUCCAAGCAUUCAAUUUUCCCACAAAAGAUUAUCGAUUUUUAGGUCUUAUAUCCAUGAUAGAUCCCCCACGAGCUAAUGUUUCAGCAGCCGUAGCAAGAUGUCGAUCAGCUGGCAUAAAAAUAAUAAUGAUUACUGGUGAUAGUCCCAUAACAGCAAAAGCCAUCGCGCGAGCAGUGGGUGUUAUAUCAGAGACAAGUGAAACACGAGAAGAUUUAGCGGAACGUUUACAUAUCCCGUUGACUUAUGUCCCUGAAAAUGAUGUUAACGCUUGUGUAGUUCACGGAAAUGAUCUCAAAUUUAUGACUAACGAAGAAAUAGAUUCACUAUUAGCUAAUCACGAGGAAAUUGUAUUUGCGAGAACUAGUCCACAGCAGAAGCUGAUGAUUGUGGAAGGCUGCCAGCGAUUGGGACAUAUAGUUGCAGUCACAGGCGAUGGCGUCAAUGAUUCACCAGCGUUGAAAAAAGCCGAUAUUGGUAUUGCAAUGGGCUUGGCCGGGAAUGAUGUUAGUAAACAAGCUGCCGAUAUGAUUUUGUUAGAUGAUAAUUUUGCGUCAAUAGUCACGGGAGUCGAAGAAGGACGAUUGAUAUUUGAUAAUUUAAAGAAAUCAAUCUGUUAUACCUUAUCAUCGAAAAUUCCCGAAUUAGUUCCAUUUUUGUUCUACAUGAUAUUUGAUAUUCCACUUCCAUUAGGUACGAUAGCCAUUUUAUGUAUUGAUUUGGGUACGGAUAUGCUUCCAGCUAUUUCGUUGGCGUAUGAAAGAGCUGAAUUAGAUAUUAUGAAGAGACCACCAAGAAAUUCAAAAAGAGAUCGACUUGUUAAUGAUCGUUUGAUUUCAAUGAGUUAUGGUCAGUUAGGGAUGAUUCAGGCUGGUGCUGGAUUUUUUGUGUAUACUGUUGUUAUGGCUGAGAAUGGAUUUUUUCCAUCACGUUUACUUGGACUAAGAAAAUCCUGGGAUUCAAGAUAUAUAAACGAUUUACAAGAUUCGUACGGACAGGAAUGGACAUAUGAACAACGAAAAGCCUUGGAAGAUACUUGUCACACAGCAUUUUUUGUGGCUGUUGUUAUUGUUCAAUGGACAGUUUUAAUGUGUUGCAAAACAAGACGAAAUUCGUUAUUUCAACAAGGAAUGACGUGCGUUAUCGACAUUCAUCGUGUUGCUAAAGUAAUGUGCUCUAUUUAUUCUAGAAAUCCUGUUUUAAAUGUCAGUCUAAUAUUUGAAACUGUAUUAGCUGCUGCCAUAUCUUAUACGCCAUAUUUAAAUCGAGGGCUUAUGAUGUAUCCACUUAAAUUUCAUUGGUGGUUAGCUCCAUUACCAUUCACUUUACUUCUGCUUAUUUAUGACGAAUGGCGAAAAUGGGAGACAUGGAAAGGUUUAGAGAAAAGCGCUCAGAUAAGAAGAAAAAUCCCAAGACGGAACCAAGAGAACGAAUAUCUAUUUCAUAAAUCAUUUUCUAUCAGUAAGCAGUCAACGCAAACGUUAGAUAGAAAAAAUCAAUCAGGCGAAAUUUCUAUCGCGCCUUCCAUUUCGCCUCACUUACGAUCAGCUCAACUACAAACUGGUAUGCCACAUCAGAUGAAGGAUGUUGUAAUGGCCCAAGUUCAACAGGAUGAAUUUAAUCAACAUAUGAUGAAUAUGCACAAUCAUCAUCACACUAUGCAUCAGUAUAGAGAACAAGAAUUACAUCACGCAUAUCAACAUGUUCAUGAAUUUAAUGAAAACGAUGAUGAAGCUUACAUUGCACGAUUAAUCGAUACUGAUCCAUAUUUUGCUACAGCUAUACAAGAUUUCUGCGUGUCUCACGGUAUAUGGCAGCCGAAAUUAAGAUGCAGAUAUUUAGAAUCAAAAAGAUAUGCUCCUCAACAACACGGGUAUCCAAAUUUUUUUCCAACACCAUGGCCAGUUUUCCAGCCACAUCAAGAAUAUCAUCCUCCUGUUUCUACGAAUCCGUAUCCGCCUCCUUCGUCUUACAGUCCACCUAUACCGCAGCCGCAACCAAAACCAGUAAAUCCUUUAGCAAACAUUCCCUUGAAUGAACCAGGUCGUGUCGUUUAUCAAAAUGUUGUGGAUACACUAAAAGGUGUUUUUAGCAAACGAGACCCAGCUCAACAAGAUCAAUCAUUGAAACCAAGCGAAAUUGCACCAGGUAUUCGUAAGAUUUAUACUAAACGACCAAGGUAUCUUCGAUCGCCUUUAUCACAAGAACGACGUUCAUCCGUUAUCAACACGCCACCAAUUCUUUCCUUAAAUCAACAACAACGACGAAGAUCAUCAACUUUAUCACAAAUUUCUAACGGCGCACGACCCCCUAUCUCUCGACGCCAAUCAAUAGAUAGAAAUCUCCUUCCUCACAAUGGACAGAUUCAACAAACACUACCUGCUUCUUCAAUCCCAUCGGCUCCACCUUUUCCAUCCUCCAACGUCCCAUCUGCUUCAUCGUACCAGCCAUUAUACCGUUUCAACUCAUCAACAAAUCAACCAUCUCCACUCUCUCAUUCAAGAAAUUCAAUCGAUGGCAGUAAAAAUAUAACAACAAAUAUAGUUCCACCCAAUCGAAGACCAAUAUCAGGUGCAACCUCGAAUGCGCAGUUCGAACCGAAAUCAUAUAACAUGCGUCCUGAACGAAAUGUAUGGCCGAGACAACAGGCAUGA